AUGGAUUGGAGAGGCCCGACAGCCGAACUUGAGGUGCCCCUGGCGCGCGUGCGCAGCGACGCGGAGGUGGAGGACCUCUUGGAGCGGCAGCUGAAGGUGAGCCGGAACGACACCGUGGAGCAGCUGAAGCGUGACCCGUUCUGGGUGCACCGGCCCAGCCACGAGCUGGAGCUCGCAGCGGAGCAGGGCGUCGAGGAGUGGUGGAAGGGUGUGCGCAAGGCCUCCAUGUUCUGGCGCCACAAGCCGCUGGAGGUGCGGCGGCAGCUGAAGCGCUUAGACCUGGUCGGCGUCAGGGACUUCCUCCAAGUGCUGCUGGACUUCGCAUCCGGCCGCCUCGAGUUCUGA